UAGAGGCCCCGGGUGGAGAACGAGGCUCCGGCACCAUGUCUGGUUUGUCUGGCCCACUAUCCUGGCCUGGCCCUCUCCUGUCCGCCUUGCUCUUUCUGUUCCUGCUCGUUCCCAGCUCGGUUCUCGGCAUCUCCUUCCAUCUGCCCGUGAACUCUCGCAAGUGUCUCCGCGAGGAGAUCCACAAGGACCUGCUGGUGACGGGCGCCUACGAGAUCACCGACCAGUCUGGGGGCGCAGGCGGCCUGCGCACCCACCUCAAGAUAACAGAUUCUGCUGGCCAUAUUCUGUAUGCCAAAGAGGAUGCAACUAAGGGGAAGUUUGCCUUUACCACGGAAGACUAUGACAUGUUUGAAGUAUGUUUUGAGAGCAAGGGAACAGGGCGGAUACCUGACCAACUCGUGAUUCUAGACAUGAAGCAUGGAGUAGAGGCGAAAAAUUAUGAAGAGAUUGCAAAAGUCGAGAAACUCAAGCCACUGGAGGUGGAGUUGCGGCGGCUCGAAGACCUUUCCGAGUCCAUCGUUAAUGACUUUGCCUACAUGAAGAAGCGGGAAGAGGAGAUGAGGGACACCAAUGAGUCCACAAACACCCGGGUCCUGUACUUCAGCAUCUUUUCCAUGUUCUGCCUCAUUGGACUGGCCACCUGGCAGGUCUUCUACCUUCGUCGCUUCUUUAAGGCCAAGAAGUUGAUAGAGUAAUGAGGGUCAGUCUUCUGUCCCCUGAGCCAGCAGAACAUCGCUGGGACGAGCCUGGCCUAGCCCAAGGCCAUCCUACUAACAGUACCAUCAAGGCACAGCUGAGCUUUCUUGCCAGAACUGAUUCUUUUGGUGUGGGAGAACAUGGGCACCACCUACACCCCACAAGUCAAUGAGGACUUUUUAAUGCAGUAGGAUUUGGACUGGUUUUGCAACAAGAUUAUUAAAGUCGCCUAUGGAAAAAAAAACAAAACAAAAAACAGAGGUUACCUAGAUAACGCCAAAGCCAGCAUUCGUCCUGGGUCGCCUCACAGGAUCUGUUUGAGUUGUUUGCUCUUUCUCCCACUUGCUCAUCGCCUUGGUCCUUCACUCAAGUUCUCCUCCAAGAUUUCUCUGACCUCGGUCAGCCCUUUCUUAUCAGUUGUCUCUUUGGUUUCCUUGUGAAAACACCUUGAACUUCUCUUGGUCCUUAGAUGAAAUGUUUACAUAGCUUCUGGUGAUAUCCUUCAUAAUUUUAUGUCUCCUAAAAGGGUCAUGGGUGGAACACAUAAAAAAGUGAGCUUUGAACUGUAGAUAAUCUCUUAUAAGAAAAUCUCAUUGUAGACCAUUAAAAUGUUUGUGCUCGACUGCUUGACGUCCUUGUGUGUGUGUGUUUAGUUCUGUCCAGUUUAUCACUUGUAGAUCUUGUCGAUCAUUUCAAGGUAGAGUAGUUCCAUCACUGGCCUUCAUUCUGCGCUGUUGUAACUAGCCACUCCCUUCUUCAGCUCAGGUUCUGGCUCCUUCCUCUGCUCACCUGUUCUGACCCUUUGUAACUCUGUUAUGUAAAUGGGUCAUCAUGAGUGUAACCUUUGGAGCUUGACUUUCUCCACUCGGCAUAAUUCCCAUGAGGUGCCCCGAUGGUACUGCAUUGUGUUUAAAGGUCAUAGGGGAUUUGGCCCUUAACUACUAAAGUUCUUAUGUGAAUGUGCGUUUUCCUCACUCUGGGAUAGCUUAAGAGGGCAUUUGCUCUGCUGUGUGGGAGCACACGCAGUUCUAAAGACCGCUUCCCUGCACUUGUCUAGAGCGGCUGAAGCAUGUUACAUUUCCACACUCUGCUUAGUCUUUAUCAUUGCUAUUUUAACUUGGCCCCUUCAGUGGGUGCCCGUGAUAUCUCAUUAUGGUUUUAAUUUGCAUUUUCCUAAUGGCAGAUGGGGUUAAGCAUCCUUUCUUGUGCUUGUCAUUUGCCAUCUGUAUGUCCUAUCGGUGAAAUGUCUGUUGGUGGCUUUGCCUGUUUUCUAUAUGGAUCAUUUGUUCGCUUCACUAUUGAGUUCUGCGUGAGUCCUCUAGCAAAUGGGUGGUUGCUUGAACUUUUCAUAAAACUUGUACCAGGAAAAAAGAGUACAUUUUACCAGCCCUUCAUGCGUGGCCAAUCACUGAUCUAAAUCCUGUUCUUCAGUGUUAUCUCGGAGACUUAGACAUACCAGGUUUAACUUGGACAUCUGGGAAAGUCACAGAUAGUAAAUACUUGAAAAUAUAUGUUGUAAAAACAAAGCCAAGGUUCAUUUUAGGUACCUCGAGGCAGUUCUGGGGAGUACCUCAGGAAGGUAGAAUGCCUGCCUAACAUAUGGAAGGCUCUGGGCCUGAUUGCCAGCACCAGGGGGGAAGUAGGUACAAACGCUUGUAAACAGGAAACAUACUCACUUGUCGUCUAACGUCCUUCUCACUUCUCCUGGGAACGUGGGUAAUCUUUUAACCCUGCUGACCUGUUACAGGACUUGUCUUAAUUGUAGUUCUGAGAAUUACAGGAAUUACAGAAUUACAGAAGUGGAAGUUCUCUGAGAUCACCGUUAGGAUGACCUGCAUGAAGUAUAAAAGUGAAGGGGAAUGAUUUUUGUGGUUACGUCUCAGGCUGUUCUGUUCAGGUUCCAGUUCUAUAAACUCAAAAGCCUUUUUUGUCUUAGGAUUCCCGUAAACUCCUCAUGCAUGGCAUCAGGUGUUCUCUGGAACAACAGUGCCAUCUGCUGUUGAAAAUGAUAGGUCUCACUUCUACGAUCUUAGCAGGCAAGUCCUCACCAUGACAACAGCAGAUGGUCAGAAAUCUGUAACAUCCGUAUAUCAAGUGAUAGAAGAACAAUUUAAGUUUGAAGAGAAUAAACAAUAAAAGAAUAAACUUUUGGGUCAAAAUCCAUCUGUAGACUUUUAAAUGCAAAACCAUUGUCUGCCCCAUUAGCCUAACAAGAGACUCCUUUUUUCUGACUGUGCCUUCCCCUCUUUAAGGAACAAUGACAGCCACUCUAUUAGUUUUCUGUUUUGUGUUCUGAAAAAUAUCGGUUUUUCAGAAAGGAGAAAAUAGAGCAUUCUGUCUAUGUUUUUGUUUCCAAGAACAACUGUAAACUUAAGCUUUGGAGAACUGAAAUUCUUUCAAGUCCUCUCGUUCGUUUUGGUUCAUGCCAAAGCCAACCAAACUGGACAGUGCGCUUUCAGUUUAAUCGAAGAGCAUUUGCCUUUGACAGUAGGCUAGCACAAAAGCAUCCGCUUUACAAACAGCUAUAGUACCUGCUUCCUCCAUUUUCAGCAUAUUCAAAAUAAUCUGAGAAUAAUACAGUCUCAAUAAGCCUUGUUCUGUACCAUUGUCAUUACCCCUCCCCCCCCACCCCGUCAGCGCCAUCUUCUGUUUGUUAAUGGGAAGACGCAUGUGGGCUUUAUACAGGCUCACCUGUUGGAGAUUUUUGUGUAAACUUUCACAAAUAAAGGCUAGCAGAAACCA